UAUGUAAUUUCCAUCAAUUGUUGUACUGUCUUCCUACACGUACGUGUGCGCGCAUGCAGAGUUUAUAGGACAAGUGCAUCGAAGGAAAAAAGAAUUAGUGUUCGAAGAGGUCCAUCUAACAACCAUCUAUUCACUUCAUUCCAGCCAAAAUGACAAUGAUUGGAUCGGGAUCGAUUUUCCAUCUUGAUCAGAAGACCUCGGCCCUUGUCGGGGUGGUGACGGUGCUGUGUACUGUAUUUGUCACCCUUAAAAUCAUCCUGGAGUGGAGCCGCAGACCCCCUGGUCCGUGGGGACUUCCGGUCGUCGGGCACCUGCCAUUUCUCGGAUCACGUCCAGUGGAAAAAUUCCGAGAGUACCAGAGACUGUACGGGGACGUGUUUUCUUUGCGAUUCGGCAUGUGGCCCACGGUUGUAAUAUGCGGUAAAGACACCGUGAAAACAACACUCACGCGUGAUUCCGACAGCUUUGCUUCACGGCCACCGUUCUUCUCGAUCAAGAGUCUAAACGACAUGAAGAGCCUCUCUUUUAGUGGUUUUGACGAGAGAUACAUACAGCACCGGAAAAUCGCCAGUAGUGUGCUCAGGGAGUUUAGUAGCUACGAUCAUUCAGGGAUGCAUGAAGUUUUUAGAGAAGAGGCUGAUAUUCUUAUCUCCAGCUUUCUGGAAGCUAAAGGCAAACCUUUUAAUCCCAAAUCGGAAAUUUACUUGGCAGCUGGUAGUAGUAUCUACCAAUUUUGCUACGGAAAAGGCGAGAACAUUCGAGAAGAUCCAGAGUUCUUAAAAGUAAUGAAUGAUCAAGCUAUUUUCCAGGAAUUCUUCACUGCUGGAAAUUAUUUCGAUGUUUUACCUUGGUUACAAUACGUUUGUCCAGGCCGAUUCAAUAGAUUUUUAGAAUUAGCUAAUCACUUCAAGAACGCUAGCAACGCUCAUGAAAUAGAGAUAAAGAAUACGUUUGAUCCAAUGCACACCCGGCAUGCUAUGGAUGGUCUUCUGAACGCUUGUUUGAAAUACAACAUCACAGAUUUACCUAACGAAGUAGGUCUGACGAAAAGCCAGAUUUUGGGCACACUGCAAGACUUCUUCGGUGCUGGGUUCGACACGACCGCAACAACGCUAAAUUGGGCUCUCAUGUAUCUCUCUGAAUAUCAAGAUGUGCAAUUGAAAAUCCAAAAAGAACUAGACGAAACCAUAGGGAGGAACAAGGUCAUAGCAAUAUCGGAUAGAAAUGUCUUACCAUACACGGUGGCAGCAAUAUCAGAAAUUAUGAGAUUAUCUCCAGUAGUUCCAAUGGGGAUUCCACAUAUGACAACAACUGACGUAUAUGUGAAAGAAAACCUGAUAGAAAAAGGAACUGUUGUAUUCUUUAACAUUGCUUCUGUCAUGCACGACGAAUACUGGGGUAAUCCGUUCGAAUUCCAGCCCGAAAGGUUUUUAGAUGACAAAGGUUGUCUUAUUAAAGAGAAAGUGGAUAACGUUUUGGCAUUCAGCGCUGGGAGGCGUAGUUGUAUCGGGAAAAUGAUGGCCCAGUCCGAGAUAUUCUUCAUGUUGGCGCACCUUCUGCAGAACUGCAGUAUUGACAAGCCUGAAAACACUCAAUAUAACUUCAAUGGCAAUAACGGCUUAACUUACUCUCCUAAAGAAUAUGAAAUAUGUGUUCAUCCAAGAUAAAUAAAAAAAAUUACGACACCGUUCACCAUAAGCUACGGUUCCCAUUAAGUUUAAUCAUUUAUGUAUCGAUGUAAGUCAGAAUGUGAGAAUUAUUUACUGUGGUGCUUGUAUCUGGAUAAUACAAAAAGAUAAAACUUGUGCAAAAAAGUCUCUUUAGACGAAGUUGAAUAACAUGUAAUACUAGUAAGAAGAGAUAAAGAAAAUUUAAUCGAUCAAUCUAAAGAAAAGCACAAAACUGUCGAGUAAAUAUCAGCAAAUUACUGUCAUAAUCAAUCAAAUAGAGUCUAUAUAUAUAUAUGCUGUAUUAUGUCAACUUUAUUUAUUUCUGGUUGUGUACAUUUUCUAAUGUGACAACAUUGAAGCAAGUUCUGUUAUGAUAUUUGUACAGAAAAACUGAUGAAAACAGCAAAUUAAAAUAUUAAAACAUUA